CCCAUAGAUCAUAACGACAAGUACCCCACCACCGUUUUUUCUCAAAGCAUAUCUCUAUAUCUCUAUAUCUCUCUCUAUCUGUAUCUACCUAUAUCCAUCUCUCUUGUCUCACUCUUCUCAAUUCACCUCCAGUAUCUAUGUUAUGUACUUACACCAACUGUAUGUAUGUGUAUGUUCUUUUUCACUUUUCAGUUCUUGUAAAGUCUUGAUUUUUAUCUUGUUUUGCUGAUUUUUGCCUGCAUUUAAGUGUUGUAGAUCUAAAGAAUUGCUGAUAUGUAAUGGGUUUUGCAUAAAGUUUUGGUCUUUGAUGUUUUGUUGGUGUGAUUGGUGUGUUUGGUUUGAGAAUUUGUGAUUUUUGUGAUGUUUGGUUGUGUUUUUUGUGGGUUUGGCAUGGGGUUUGUUUGGGGAGGGUAAUUUGAGUUGGGUUUUCUAGAUUUUAUUAAAGUUUGAAUCUUUAGUGAAAGGAAGUGGAUUUCUGUGUUUUUUUUGCUAUUUUUGUUGAUUUUUUAGCAUUUUAGCAAGUCGGGUAUAUUGGAUUGUGUGGUUUUAUUGGGUUACAUUGAUGUUGUUUAUCAGUUUUGAUUGAAAGAUUGUGUUUUUGGGGUUUGAGGAAAGUUGUGUUGUUUUAUGAUUAUGGAUAUGGAAUUAGGUUGAAAGAAAAUACAGUUUGGGAGUGUUUUAUUUUGGUAAUUUGUGUUUAGGUAGCGGAAAAUGUCGUUUAGAAGUAUAAUUCAGGAAAUGAAGGGGGAGCUUGGGAGUAUUUCGAGAAAAGGGUUUGAUGUGAAAUUUGGUUAUGGGUCGAGGUCAAGGUCCCAACGAUCGGUUCAGGAUAGUUCAGUGCCUGUGGAUGCUUUUAAGCAGAGUUGUUGGGCUAAUAUGCCACCGGAGCUUUUGAGGGAUGUGUUGAUGAGAAUCGAGGAAUCUGAGUGUAUUUGGCCUGAUCGUCGAAAUGUGGUUGCUUGUGCUGGUGUCUGCAGGAAUUGGAGAGAGAUAGUUAAAGAAAUUGUGAAAACACCUGAAGCUGCUCGGAUGUUGACAUUCCCUAUCUCCCUGAAACAGCCUGGCCCAAGGGACUAUCUUAUACAGUGUUUCAUCAGACGGGAUCGCAGCACCCAAACAUAUAGUCUUUACUUAUGUGGACAGCAGGCUUCAAAUGAUAUUGGAAAAUUUCUUCUUGCCGCGAGGAAAGUUAGACGUCCGACAUGCACAGAUUAUAUCAUCACUCUAACAUCUAAAGACACUUCGAAGGCGAACAGCAUCUACAUCGGAAAGUUAAGAUCUAACUUUUUGGGGACAAAGUUCACAAUUUAUGAUGCACAACCUCCAAAUGCUGGAGCUCUUGUAAAAUGCCAUUCCUCUAGAGUAGGAUUGAGACAAGUAUCCCCCAGAGUACCUGCCGGAAAUCAUCCUAUUUCUCACAUUUCAUAUGAGUUGAAUGUGCUGGGCUCCAGGGGUCCUAGAAGAAUGCACUGUGUCAUGGAUGCAAUACCUGCAUCUGCUAUUGAGCCAGGAGGAGUGGCACCAACACAAACUGAAUUUGUGCGCAAUGUGGAUUCCUUUCCCUCCCUCCCCUUUUUCAGAUCAAAAUCGAUAUCAGGAUCUUUAUCUACCGAAAAAGAUGGAAUAUUAAUGUUGAAGAACAAAGCUCCUAGGUGGCAUGAGCAACUACAGUGUUGGUGUCUGAAUUUUAACGGGCGAGUGACAGUGGCUUCAGUAAAGAACUUUCAGUUGGUUGCUUGUGUGGAUAGUAGUGCCGCUGGGUUGGAGCCUGAGAAUGUUGUUCUUCAGUUCGGAAAAGUGGGAAAAGAUGUUUUUACCAUGGAUUAUCAAUAUCCAAUUUCUGCGUUCCAGGCAUUUGCCAUUUGUCUUAGCAGCUUUGACACCAAGAUUGCUUGUGAAUGACUAACAAACAGGUUCUGAUGUUGAUAUCAUUUGGGAAUCCAGCAAUAGUAGAGACGUCUGGCAGUUUCAGGCAUCCUUGAUUGAAGUUGCAAACGGCUUCUCUUCUUUUGUUCUUCAUUUCCUUAUGUUUAUCCAUCAAUGUAAUUAAUUUUUCUUUAAGAUAGACCAAAAGAUUUCUGCUGAUGAUCUUGAUGAAGAUCGUCUCUGUCCUAAUUAAGAAGUCGGAUUUGGAUUUGGAAUUUUUUUUUUUUUUUUUUUUUUAAAUCUAUAGAGAAGAUUAGACUGAAGAUUUUGGGUA